CGCCCCCCCAGGAGGCGCCACCACAGCCAUGGCCGAGAACCCUGGCUUGGAGAACCACCGCAUCAAUAGCUUUAAGAACAAGGGCCGCGAUGUGGAAACAAUGCGAAGACACAGAAAUGAAGUAACAGUUGAACUUCGAAAGAACAAAAGAGAUGAACAUUUACUGAAAAAAAGAAAUGUUCAAGAAGAGAGUUUGGAAGAUUCACAUGUUGAUGCUGAUUUUAAAGCACAAAAUGUAACACUAGAAGCUAUCUUGCAGAAUGCCACAAGUGACAACCCAGUGGUACAGCUGAGUGCUGUUCAGGCUGCAAGAAAGCUGUUAUCCAGUGACAGAAACCCAUCAAUUGAUGACCUAAUAAAAUCUGGCAUUUUACCAAUUCUAGUCAAAUGUCUAGAAAGGGAUGAUAACCCUUCGUUACAGUUUGAAGUUGCUUGGGCAUUAACUAAUAUAGCAUCAGGAACUUCUGCACAGACUCAAGCUGUUGUACAGUCGAAUGCUGUACCUCUUUUUCUGAGACUGCUUCACUCGCCACACCAGAAUGUUUGUGAACAGGCAGUAUGGGCUUUAGGAAACAUUAUAGGUGAUGGUCCUCAAUGUAGAGAUUAUGUCAUGUCACUGGGAGUUGUCAAACCUCUUCUGUCCUUCAUCAAUCCCUCCAUUCCCAUCACCUUCCUUCGGAACGUCACAUGGGUCAUUGUCAAUCUCUGCAGGAAUAAGGACCCCCCACCGCCUAUGGAGACAGUUCAGGAGAUUUUGCCAGCAUUAUGUGUCCUCAUAUACCAUACAGACAUAAACAUUCUUGUAGAUACUGUUUGGGCUCUAUCAUACCUGACAGAUGGAGGCAAUGAACAAAUACAGAUGGUUAUUGAUUCAGGAGUUGUGCCUUUUCUAGUGCCCCUUCUGAGCCACCAGGAGGUGAAAGUUCAAACAGCAGCACUCAGAGCAGUUGGCAACAUCAUGACUGGCACUGAUGAACAGACCCAGGUUGUACUCAACUGUGAUCGGCUCUCACAUUUCCCAAAUCUCUUAUCACACCCAAAAGAAAAGAUAAAUAAGGAAGCAGUGUGGUUCCUUUCCAACAUAACGGCAGGCAACCAACAACAAGUUCAAGCUGUAAUAGAUGCUGGAUUAAUCCCUAUGAUUAUUCAUCAGCUUGCUAAGGGGGACUUUGGAACACAAAAAGAAGCUGCAUGGGCAAUUAACAACUUAACGAUAAGUGGUAGAAAAGAUCAAGUUGAGUACCUUGUUCAGCAGAAUGUAAUACCUCCAUUCUGUAAUUUACUCUCUGUAAAAGAUUCUCAAGUAGUUCAGGUGGUUCUCAAUGGUCUGAAAAACAUUCUGAUAAUGGCUGGUGAUGAAGCAAACACAAUAGCUGAAAUAAUAGAAGAAUGUGGAGGUUUGGAGAAAAUUGACGUUUUACAGCAACAUGAAAACGAAGACAUCUAUAAGUUAGCAUUUGAAAUCAUAGAUCAGUAUUUCUCUGGUGAUGAUGCUGAUGAAGAUCCUAGCCUCAUUCCUGAAGCAACACAAGGAGGUACUUACAACUUUGACCCAACAGCCAACCUUCAUACUAAAGAAUUUAAUUUUUAAGUUGAGCACAGCAUCUUUCCUUUGUUCAAUAUGAAGCACCAACAGAUGGCUACCAAAUGACAAGAACAACAGUAAAAGGCUCCAAAACAUACAUGCCUCUUCGUUUUGAUGCUUCUAAAGCAAGCCAUGUCUCAGUCACUUUGCAGUUGCCAAAAGUCACUAUCACAUGGACUGUAAAUGCAUAUGCAUGAUUCCCUAAACUGUUUUAGAAUUCUCCUUAACAAUCUCAACUACCCUAUUUUCCCCUGUUCCCUGGUGCCACACGAUGACAACUGCAGUUUCUGGUUUAGAAUAUUCCAUAGUGGUGGCAUGUCAGCUGCCCACUUGAUAUUCCUUUGGAAAAUGGUGCACUGUGGAUCAAGACACUUUGGUAUGAUGCAUAUACACAUUGGAAGACUUUAAAGAGGUGCAGUCUUAAUCUGAGCCUCCAUCAUCCU